AUGCCGGUACAAGAAGGAGACCGUGAUGACGGCUCCGGUGAACCAAUGCCGGUACAAGAAGGAGACCAUGAUGACGACUCCGGUGACCGAACCGAUUCCGGCCAGCCCUCCGGAUCGAGCACAACUUCGGUAACUAGACGAGGCCCGAAGAAAACGUUGCGCUCGGAUGAAACGUUUGAGAUCAUAGCAAUCACGCGCGACGGCAAGCCGAUUGAACCCAUCCGGACAAGGGAUGCAUUUCGUGCUCAGUGCGGGGUUCUUGUUAGGGACAAGAUCCCGAUCAGUAUCCACCAAUGGCUAAAGUCUAAGAAGGAAGACCCUAAGGUGUCUUAUGUGUCCGAUAUGCAGAAAGAAGAUCUUUGGACAACGUUGAAGGCAAAUUUCACCCUACCGCCAGAGGAGGAUCCGGAGAAGCCAGUUAAAGAGCAAUUGAUCAAGUCUCAUGCUCUUAAGAAGAUGGCAGAACUAUUCAGGAGGUGGAAGAAUGAGCUGAAAUCAGAGUUUGUCGACAAAGAGAAGACACCAGAAUUCAAAGGAAAGUAUGAGAAGAUCAGAGAUCACUGGUCCGCAUUUGUGGCCCACAAGAUAUCGGAAAAGAGUAAGAAGAUGUCAGCGACAAACAAGAAAAAUGCUGCGAAGAAGAAGCAUCACCAUCGCACGGGGUCAGGUGGCUACCUCAAAGCCCGACCUUUGUGGGACAAGGCUGAGAAUGACCUGAUUGCUAAAGGGAUCGAACCAGAGACAUUGAACUGGCCAGACCGUUGCCGGACUUGGUUCUUCGGGGUUGGCGGAACCUUGGACCCUGUAACAGGGAAGUGCGUUUGGACGGACGAGCAAAUGCGAAUACCCGUCACGAAGCUUCAUCACUAUAUUAAGGCAGCGCAGCAAGGGACGUUCGUUCCAGACAGAGAGAAGGACGAGCUUACAAUGGCCCUCGGGAAUCCUGAGCACCCUGGACGAACACGAGGCACGCCAGGCUCCGUCCCGUGGAAGGCUGGGUUUCCGGACGCAGGGGGUUACAAAAGCCAGGAGAGGAGGAAGAAACUGGAGCAUAGCCAACUGCAGGCGCUGCACGCUAGGGUACUAGGGCUAGAGGAACGAGAAGCAGAUCGCACCAAACGACCUGCCGAAGCUUCCCCUGAAGCUACCCCGCCAUCUCAACGGAGAAGCAGCGUGGCUUCCACCGAGCAGCUUCAGCUGGAGCCUGUCUUCACGGCUCCUGCUAGCUACCCCGUGGAUGCUAUCACAGAGUCUCAACAUUGCCACCUCAUGGCGCAAUGGAUGAAUUUGAAAGUCAAGGCGGCUGUUGGCUCUGUUUUACCUAAUGAACCUGGCGCAACCUACCACUGUCGGUCGAUUCCAGAAGGAUAUACUAGGGUGAUGGUAGAUGAAAUAACGGACGGAUUUGAGGACCUCCAGCUUGACCACCCUACGGAGAAGUUACCAUACGAGAGGAGCCUGGAGGAAAACACAAAGAUCAUGCAAGCCGAAGUGAAGAACUUCUUUGAAGGGCAGAAACAUCCACUUCCGCAGGAGAAGAUAGAUCCGGUGAAAGUGAAGCAUACUCUGGCUGCCCUAAGGAAACCACCAAAGUCUCCGCCGAAAGGCAACUAUGAGCGCAUCCUUGAAAAGUCAUUUGUCCAAGCGGAGCGGUUGGGAAGUACUGUGUCUAGCGAUAUCGUCGCUAAUGUUCCGGGCAGGAUGGUGUCCGGUUAUAACAAUCUUGGAGAUUACCUGCCCGACGAUGUACAUUAUGAUUUCUUGGAGGUGGACGAACACAGAUACGUGUACGGGGAGCCUCUCGUCAAAGAUGAAAGAUCUCUAACGACGAUGAUGCGGAUAUUCCAUGAUUGGUACAUGAAAACCUGCCGAGAGUCUGAGGGGAGGAAUAUUUUGACGCUGAGAGUUAGAGAGGAGCAUGACCUCGUUGGAAUUGAACUGUUGAAUGUUCCAUUUGAGGAGUUCUUCGCGUUUUUCAAUCUAAAGGCCCUCGAUAAAUUAAUGGUCACUUGCUACUGCCUAUUGAAGAUCGCCGAAUUGAAGAAAAAACAAGUCGGUGAUAUUGGGUUCAUUAACACAAAUCUCAUAGAUAAAUAUAUGGUUGAAUCUCAUGCCAAAGAUACCGAGGCCAAGCUGCUACAAUCGUUUGUACCACUAUAUUCUCCUAGAGAUUAA